AACGAACAGCAAAAUGGCAGCUAACAGAAACAAAAACAACAUCGACUGCGACAUAAGCAACAACAACAGCAAUAACAACACUGACAGCGACAGCAGCACAAACAACUCACACACAAAGUGGCAACACGACAGCAACAGCAAACCUCCAGCAUCCUGCCACACAGCAUUUUCAUCGUCAUCGUCAUCGUCAUCGCCGCUGUUGUUGCACAUUCUCCUGCUGCUGCUGCUACUCUUGCUGCACUCGCCGAGCAGCACGAACGCCUUCUGCCCCUCAAAGUGCCAGUGUCUGGGCGGCGAUGCCAACAGUCGCGCCCUGUGUGUGGACGCAGCACUCGAGGAUGUACCCAUCCAACUGAAUCCGGAGACAAAGUACAUCAAUCUGACACUGAAUCGUAUACGUAAUCUCGAGUUUACAUUGCCCUUCUACAUGAAGUUGGAGGUGCUCGAUCUGUCGCAGAACAUCAUCGAAACACUCGGCUCCAAAAACUUUGAGUAUCAAACGGAAUUACGUACUCUGAACUUGAGCAGAAAUCUUGUAAGUGCGCUGCAUAAGCACGCCUUUAAGGGAUUGACGAAUCUGCUAUUGCUGGAUCUCAGCUACAAUCGCAUCGAGACAGUGCAUCCCACGGCGUUGGGCGAUCUGGCGGCGUUGGUGGAACUCGAUUUGACGAACAACAAUAUUGUUAGCCUCGAGGACAAUUGCUUCAAGGGCAUGCAAUCGCUGGAGGUGCUGGUGUUUCGCAACAAUCGCCUGCUCGACAUACCGGCGAGCAAUCUGUGGCAUUUACAUGCGCUCAAGAGUCUGGACAUGUCCGACAAUCUCGUUGAGUUUGUGCGCAACGAUAGCUUCGAGGGCUUAAAGGAGCUGCUCGCCCUCAGUGUGCGGGGCAAUGUGAUGAGCGAGCUGGAUGUGGGCGCUUUUGAGGGACUCAUCUCGCUGAAACAUUUGGAUCUAUCGGAUAACAAUUUGACGAUGGUGCCCACGCAGCAGCUCUCGAAACUUUCGAAUCUCACUUAUUUGAACUUGGGCGGCAAUCGGUUUGCACACUUGCCCGCGGUGGCAUUUUUAAACUUGUUUCAUUUGCGCGAAUUGCACUUGAGCCGUUUGGACUUUUUGCAGCGUAUCGAUUCGAGAGCCUUUGUGGACAACACGCACCUUCAGACACUGCACCUGAACUACAAUCCACAGCUGAGCGACAUACCGAUGCGACUCUUCCAGGGCAAUCCCAAUAUACUCGAAGUCUACAUGCAGAGCAACAGCUUGCAGACACUCUACUCCGCCCAGUUCCCAGUUGAUCAGCUGCAGAAGCUCUACCUCGGCGACAAUCCGCUACAGUGCAACUGCUCGCUGCUCUGGCUCUGGCGUCUGGUCACCGGUAACUUUGAGGGCUCUGAACCACCGCUGGAACACGCUGCAGGCGGAGCUGUGGCUGCGCUGGCGAAUGAUGCGGCUGCUUUGCGGGACGAGGACGACACGGCCACAGCCAAGGCUGAUGAUGGUGUGGCUGCGUUGGCUGCCUAUAUUGCCGAGCAGCACAUUGCGAAUGCGCUGCAAACCACAGAGCCAAGCACCUAUGAGCAGCGCCUAGAAGCAGCGGCCAGCGUGAGUUCGAGCAGCAGCAGUGCCGGGUAUCUGCGCAUGGAUAAGCAGCAGAUUGGCUGCGACAUUUGGCGAGAUGCGGUGCGAACGCGACGCCAGCUGCUGACCAUGACUGAGGGCGAAAUCACGUGUCCGGCGCACAUUGUGACCGUGGUCUGUGCGGUCAUCACGUGUCUGCUGGUGCUGAUGAUUGGCAUCAGUGUGCUGUACUAUCUGCGCUUCGUGAAACGACGCCGCAAGCUGUUGCACGAACGCGGUCCCAUGCGCACCAGCAAGAGCAUCAUCAAUGUGCAUGACCGCAUCCUGCAGGCGCAUCAUCAGCCCCUCGGCGGCGGCGGCGGUGCCGGCAUGAGCAUGACACUUGGCGGCUCCAAUGGCGGCGGUGGCCUUGGCGGUGGUGGCAUGGGCAUGGCACUGAACUAUCCUCAUCAUGCGCAAACGCUGCAGGCGCAUCAUCAUUACCAUCAGGCGAUGCCGUUGCAGUCGCAUGGCGGCAUGGGUCAUGAGUAUCAGCAGACGACGCUGCCGCAGCUGGAUAAGUUGGAGCUGGAGCGUUAUCUGGCGGCGCAGUCGAUAGCGAACGAGUACAGAGCCCUCAAGCCAUGGGAGCUGCCCGUGAAGGAUGCGGACGAUGAGCCCGAGCAUCUGUACGAGCGUUUCGAUCACUACGAGUAUCCCGAUACGCAUACCAUGACCAAGCUGAAGCAGGCGGCGGCGCUUCAGGGCAGCGCUGUGUCAGCGGCAGCCGCUGCCGGUGCUGGUGGCAAGCCGCAUGUGGUCUACGUAUGACGUGGACGCGGUGGACAGCAGCAGGCACAGAAGCGGGAGAAGCAGGAGAUGGAGAUGGAAAUGGUGGGCCUUGGACUGACCAACAAUAACUAUCGCAGCUAUGUGCAGUGCCAGACUCAGACCAAGGCCAGUGGCCACUUUUGAAAAGCAAAAGCAAAAGCAAAAAACAGGGAAAUAGAAGCAGCAGCAGCAAAAGUAGAAAGCAUCACAUUAAGUGAGGUUAGGUUAUGUGUUUAAUUGAGGUUAUGUUCGAAACUCCUUGAUUUCCUAGUGUCUUUUAUCAUUUUUCGAUUAUUCGAUAUUCGAUAUUCGAUUUGAGUUCUGAUAUUUGAUAACUCGCAACAAAGUUUAACAAGCGUCAAAUGAAACAAGGGAUAUGUCUACGUGUAUAGCAGCAUACAACUAUAUAGUAUAUACGAAUAAAAAUAUAGUAUACUUACAUAUAUAUACAUAUAUGGUAUAAUUAAAGUACGAGUAAUUAAACGAAUCGAUUAACUAAGCCUAGCACUUAGUUUAACAACUUAAGUACACACUCACACCUAAAUAAAUGCAGAGAAAAUGCAAGCAAUAGUUGAGAACUCUCACUCUCUCACCUCUAUCUCUCUCUUAAUAUCUCUCUCUCUCUCUCUCUUUCUCUUUCUCUGUCACUCUCUUUGCAAUUACAAAGAAACAAGUUUAAAUGAAACCCCAACUCAUAGUUAAAGGCAUUUAGCAUUCUAAUGAUAAAUAAAUAGCAUUUAGUCGAUAAGCGCAUUAAAAACUGAAUUUCAAAUGCAAAGAGUGUAAAAAGAGCGCAACAAUAACUUAGUUAAAACAACACACACGAAAUUAUACAUAAUUUAUUCUUAUUGACUUUAAUUUCCCAGCAUGGCAUUGACUGUUAGUAGUUGAUUGAUUGAUUGAAAUACCACACACAAAAAGGGGGACCAAAAUAAGUCCAUACUAUAUAUAAUUCCGACCUUAGAGCAGAGCGUUCAGUCAAUGCCAUUUGUUGGUCUCUUUUCGAAUUGAUUCCCAAAACUUUUUGGAAUAAAACCACAAGAAUAUAUUUAACACAAAAAUAAGAUGACAAUAUAAAAAUUGUAAAUGUAAGCAAAAUUUAAUUGCAAAUAUCAUAAUUGAUUUGUAAAUACUAAUAUUAACUAUUAUUAACAAAAACAAAACAAAAAAAAAUACUCUACUCAAGCACAAAUCUAGCAUACGAUUACGCACUUAUUGUACAUAACUUAUUAUUACAUUUACAUUUAAAUUAAACAUUUACAUUUAGUCAAAGAGCAAGAGCAAGAAAACAGAAAUCGCAAAGAAUAUAUAUAUAUAAAAAGCAAUUUUAUUGAGCAAUUCUAAUGUGUUGUUAUUUUCGGUUCUUUAGCUUGCGAAAUUUGUUGGCAGAAUAAUUUACACUUAAUCGAUUGGGUCGACAGCAAAGCAAAUAAAAAACCCAACUGCAAUUUCAAUUUGUAUUAAAAUUGUUUCAAUUCACUACAAACACAACACACAUAUGGAAAUGAACUUGAAAAUAAAUUAUAAAACUCGAAAAAAAAAAACAAA